AUGGAGCCUCUGGGGCUGAACUCUAGGUGCUCCUGGGCGCCGAUAUGUAGUAUAGUCCUGAGUGGCCGGGGCAUCUAUGUCAAUUCAGAGGAGCUGCCCUCAUUAGGAUCCUUGGGCUGCCCUCUACAUGCAUUAUUGCACUUUGGCUACUUGUGCUUGGUGACGGACUGUAUCAUACUACUGCUUGGUUUUACAGGGUAGUAUGGAACAACCAAAGAAAGUAGAGGCACACUCUUGUUUGUAAGUCUGGUCUGCACCAUGAGAAGUGGCCUUGGCCACUUUGUGACUCUGAGGAAGAAUUUAGAAAGUUAUAAUGAGCCAGAUGACUAUUCCACAGAACAGAACUUGGUCAUGGAGCAGCUAUAGUGCUAUUACGUGAAGAACUACACAGAUUUUUCUGGUUCUGACUGGAUGAGAGCUGGCCACACCUACCUCACUACAACAGCAGCCUGCAGCAGGCACAUUGUUGCAACCACCCACCAGGGGUGA